GCAGUCAUGUUGUUUGCAUAAAACAAAUACCCCCAGCUGACUGUACAGAAGCCUGAUUGUACGUUUCUGAGCCUCGCAGUCAUAACCAGACUUCACGGUUCAGUGCUGUUCACUUCCUGUUCAUCUCACAGGUAAGUGUGACAUAUGUUACCACCUAACAGUACUGUUCCAUUAGUGUAAGAAUGGGAUUGUUCUAAUUAUUUCCUUUUACUGUAAAAAUGGUAGAAAACAAGUUGUUUGUUGGAUAGUCGUUCUAUUGUUACACGUAACCGAAUUUAUAUUGUAUAUUUUACCUAAUCAUCAUUUAAUUCCAUCCAACCUAAAAAACUUGGUCAUGUGAAGAGAGGAAUGUCUGUCAUCAGUACAGCAUUUGUAUUGUGUUUGUUUGGAUUUGGUUUUCUGACAUAAGACAAAGAUCAUCUUCACACUAAAAUGUGUUUGCCUUUUAUUUUAUCAGUCACAAGCUCAGAGAAUGAUGGUCCCCUUAUUACUGUUACUGUUGCUGCCGGGAUCACUGGCUGAAACAGAUACAGUUUGUUUCAGUUUUUCAAACAGUGCCAUCAAUGUCACUGCAUCAAAUGUGGAGGUUCUCGAACAUAAAGAUUACAUGACGUGCGACAUCACAGGACUGGCCUGCCACUUUCAGUGCACGUUCAUAAAGAAGCUCAACGAAUCGGUUGAUUGCAUAGAGGCUGAUGUUAAAAAUUCCGGUGACAAGAUUGACUAUCACUUAAAAAAUAAUACCAACUGCACCAUUUUCCUAUGCAACAAGACGACCAUCCUGACGAUGAUUAAAUCACUGCAUUGUAACAGCGAUGACCAGAAGGAAAUGAUGCAACUCUUCAAUGUAAGGGCGUCAUGUCCAGACCUCUUCAACAAGGACCUUGACAUCAAGGAAGCCUUUAUAACAGUGGAAAAAAGUAUGAUCCAUGAGAUCAUGGGAACCUCUCAACCCAAGCCUGGGGACACCAUAAACUACAAUCUGAAUUUUCUAGCUCUAAACGUGUUGAGCAUCAGUGAGGGUGAACUCAGCUCUGUACCAACCACAGGCAGUAUCCAGAAGGAAGUGCCACAGCUCUUGCCUCAGAAUCCUUCACGUAUCCCUAAAGUAUGGCUGCCAACACAUGCACUGAGCUCCAUCCCCGAGGAGAAGAGGGUCAUCAGUUUGGUCAACUACUUGCAGCACAGCCCCUACCAAUUUAGAAAUGAAGAGAUCUCAUCAGCGAUCCUGAGGAUAGAACCACUAGACGAACACCCAUUUCAGAAUCUCGUUCCGCCCAUCAAAAUGCGUUUUAGGGUCGAUACAGACGGAGCUAUGGAUAAUGAGACCAGGCUAAUGUGUCACUAUUUUCAUGAGAAAGACUUGACCUGGAAAACAAAUGGCUGUGAGACUGACAGCACUGACUUCUCUAAAAACAGUGAGAUCACCUGUAGGUGCAACCACUCAACACCCUUUGCUGUCUUAUUGAUACGAGACCCAAUUGCAGAGAUCCACUGGAUAAUACUAUCAUACAUCAGUUACAUAGGCUGCGGCCUGUCUGCUUUCUUCACUGCUUUGUCCGUCGUGAUGUACGUCUUCACCCGACACCAGUCAAGGGAUUAUUCAAUCUUCAUUCACGUAUGUUUGAGCGGGGCCUUGUUCCUGCUCAACGUGACCUUCCUGCUGAGCGAGUGGGGGGCCACGAUGGAGCCAGGCUGGGUGUGUGUGCUCAUUGCUGUUCUCAUCCAUUACUCCCUGCUCUGCUCUUUCACCUGGAUGGCUAUUGAGGCGCUUCACCUGUACCUACUGUUGAUCAAGGUGUUUAACACCUACUACAAACACUACUUGGUCAAACUGUCUCUCGUUGGCUGGGGGGUCCCUGGAGUGAUUGUGGCCGUCUCCUUAUCAGUGAAGGACAUGAAACAGUUUUACGGUGUUACAGAAAUGACCAUGGCUGACACUAACCAAACUAACGCUAUCUGCUGGAUCACAGACGACACCUUCUUCUACUCUGUGAACCUGGUGUAUUUCACCCUAAUAUUCAUCUUCAACACUGGCAUCCUGGUCACAGUGGCCUCCAGCAUAUGUAAAAUGAAACAGGCGUAUAGGAGCAACUUGAAGCGUGGAGCAGCUGCUGGAGGAAAGUCUGGGACUUCCUCAGAGAGGUUCAGGGUCUCCUGCACUAGUGCCUUCACUGUGAUGGGUCUCACCUGCCUGAUGGGAACCACCUGGGGUCUGGCCUUCCUGGGCUCAGGAUACGUCAACUAUCCUGUCCUCUACCUUUUCUGCAUUUUCAACUCCUUACAAGGCUUCCUUAUCUUCCUAUGGAUCUGUCUGUCAGCCCAGAAGCAGAGGAAGAAAUACAUGGAGGACAGGAUGACUUCAUCUCCUGCGAAGACCUUAGACACCAAAACUAAUUAGAAUCUCCAUCCUGCCAUUAGUCUGGAUGAUAAAGCCGAGUCGAAAACUAAUUGCUCAGUAAUAGAAUCUGCCCAGACAUCCACUCAUUCUAACUGCUUGUUGACAUAAGAGCUGUCAGAAAUGGACUUGAUUCACAAAUCAGCCUUGAAGCUUUGCUUAUUUUAACCUUUCCUUAUUUACUUACUUACUUUAACCCAGGUGAACACAAUAGGUGGCUGUAUGUAAACACAUGUUCUUCCUUCAGCAGAAGAAUUAGAAUAUAUAGAAUCAUCACAAGUUAUUUUUUAAAUCAACACAGACUCAUCUACUGCAGUUUUUCCUCUUUGAUUUGAAGCCUUUAUUGAGUGUUUGAUUAAAAUGUUUGUUUAUGUAGAGACCUCUGUUUACAUAUGAUCUACUGUCACGCAGUUUCCUGUCACACAAUCAAAGCAGGUGGUUUUUCUUUGUUGCAGACACCACUUUAACUGACUGCAAGGAAACAGAGGGGAUUGCACAACUUGUCAGCAGACGUGUCAAAUGUCUCCCUUCCACUUUUGCUAAGCCACUGUCAUGAUGCUUCAUCCUUUGCUUUGUGAUCAAAAUAGUAAACUUGCUAGUUAAGUAGAUAACAUGUAAAUAUAUCAGACACUAUGAA